GUUGCUGCUCAAUGGAGGUCACUCACUCACAUCUCUGUCCGAUACGGACACAAGCAGCGGAACUACCACUGCAUGACCGCUAAGAUGAAACUGCUUCAAGAAACACGAGAGGCUAAAAUUAAUAGAAAGCUCCUCAAGCCACAAGUGGAGAGACGGCGCAGGGAACGAAUGAACCGUAGUCUGGAGGGCUUGAGACACCUCUUGCUUCAAGAAAAGGUAAAGGAUUAUACUAUGGCUUCUAUUCACAUGUGUGAGAAGAAUACAACGUGUUGUUUGCUUCUUUCUAUCGGUUUGGCAUCGAUUAUUAAGUUUCUCUCUCUCUCUCUCUUUGAAUCAGGGUGGCGCGCAGAGGCGAAUUGAAAAGCGGAGAUUCUGGAGCACACGGUGUUCUUUCUGCGCAACGUCACAACCGAGGGAACAAGCAAGAGAGAAGGAUGCCAGUUGGGCAACAACGGCUUCAAAGACGGCGUCUCGGCCUGCAUGCAGAGAGCUGUGCGUUAUCUGGGCCAGCAGGAGGAGGGGCUGCGGCCAGAGGCCACGCUAGACGCAGCGCUCGUCGCUGGCUUCGUCUCCUCGCGCCCGGCGAGUCUCACGUACACCGCUAAACCGUGCUCCUCGUCGCCUCAAACGAACAAGUUGCUAUCCAUCCGCCAGCUGAUCAAGUCGAGGCACGGAGAGUCGACGCGAGGUGACCCAAUGGGUGAGGUGGCUGUGUCUCAUCGAUCGCCGGUUCAGCACGCUUCCCCCCCGCUGAGACCGAACCAAGCCGUGGCCCAGUCCCUCUCCCGGUCCGGUUCGUCGCUCUGGAGACCAUGGCCCUGAAACAUCGGGACCAAAACAUCACAAGCCGAAUAAGAAAAUACUUGAACUUAAAAUGACUGCAAAUGCUGCUUUCCCAUAUCAAGAUUUAAUAUAUGCCGCCCGCGUUGUUUUUGACAGUUUGUCCAAGAGAAAUGUCCCCAAAGUGUUGUAAACACUGGUCCCUUGGUUCAUGUUUGUAUUUGAUCGUACAUGUGCUACUAAUGUAAAGGGGUUAUACACUUUAUACAGCAUACGCUGUGUCUGCACAGGCCAAAUGUUUCAGUUGCCAUAUUUAUCAAUUUGCACAUAAUUUAUUUAUAAUGUUUACUUUGUCGAAGAAAAUAAAACAAAAAACGAACCAAAUGUCAUUCAUUGUGUCUUGCAACGAGGCACGCGCCUUUCUUUUUUCUGACGAGCGUGUGAAGUGUGCGCUCGUGCGCUCACAGCUCAGGUGUGAACU